CUUGUCCACUUUGAGCUUCCGAGAGAGAUAUUAUUGACACAUCAUAUCAUCUAAACACAGUCAGUGGUAAAGUUACGUUCGCCCCUUUGGCAGCAGACAUAGUUAUGUCUUCCAGAGCCAGAAAGCGCGAAUUAGACGCUGAGAGUGAUUCUAUCGACGACCACCAGUCAUCAAAAAGGACGAGGGGCAAUGUCUCGAAGGGAAACCCAGACCCUAAUCAUACCGAUUCACUCGCUGGCCAGGGAAAGCUUGACUCGAAUGGAGACCUUUACUGGGAAAUCUCCAAAGCACGCCGUCUGACCAUCUCAUCUUUCCGUGGGAAGACCCUGGUCAGUAUAAGGGAAUACUACGAGAAGGAUGGCCACGAGCUCCCUGGGAAGAAGGGAAUCUCUUUACCAAUUGAUCAGUUUUCCUCUCUUGUGAGAUUAUUACCUCAUAUUGAAAACACUCUUCAGAAUAAAGGCGAAUCAAUCCCCCGACCACAGUAUGAUAGCGAUAGUAAAUUGACCAGUGAGAACAAAGAGGUCGGUGAUGACUCUGAUGAUUAUUCGGAUGACAAGGAUACGCGCCGGAAUAUCGAGGCGACGAGUGAGGACGAUAGCGAUGAGUAGGCAUACCCGCCAAAGGGGCUAGAAUCGUCAUGAGGCAGAGGGUAUGGGUUUAUCAACAAAGCUAUUAUUGCUUAUCUAUCCCUGGGCUUGACUGACGCCGAAUUAUGAUGAGUGGACCUGUUGGAUUCGUUAUCAGUAGGUAUGCAAGUCGUCGAAUAUGCUAUGGAUCCUUCCUCCAAACCACGAGAGUACGUAUACAAAGUUUUGAAAUCGCGCACUCUAGCUUUCAUGAACACCAUAUCCAGCUAGUCCUUUUGAGUCCCAGUUGAAUUAUACUAGAUGUCCU